GAGAGAGUCGUGCGUUAUAUCUGACCGGGGGCUACAGACGCGGCAACAGCAUCUUUAGCCUGAAUCGGGGAAGGACACAGUUGUCUCCCUCUUUUCUUCAGCUGUCGCUCUGUUCGUGUUUGUGGGAAAGUUGUCCAGAGUUUGCACUCACUCGGCAUUUGGUCUCGUGCGUGGAACCAAUGUCUCCCCCUUCUUCUCGGUACCGACGCUAAGGUUCUAGAGUGGGAAGCACACAACUAAAGUCGAACUUUUCUCCAGUGCUCAGACCGGUCGGGUCUUUGCAGAAUGGGCUUCAUCCUCUCGCCUCAGUGGCUCCUGCCACUCUUGGUGGCGGCUUUAUCCACAGCGCAAGACCCACGAAGCCCCGAACCGGACCAAGACAUUCCGGAGGGAGCGUCCACCUUGGCGUUUGUUUUUGACGUGACUGGUUCCAUGUACGACGAUCUGGUCCAAGUCAUCGAGGGGGCAUCAAAGAUUUUGGAGACGUCUCUCAGCCGACCCCAGCGACCGCUGUACAACUUCGCUCUAGUUCCCUUCCACGACCCAGAGAUCGGACCGGUUACCAUCACAACGGACCCAAAGAAGUUCCAGGACGAGCUGAAGGAGCUUUAUGUCCAGGGGGGUGGAGACUGCCCAGAGAUGAGCGUUGGGGCCAUCAAGAUCGCCUUGGAGAUUUCCUUGCCGGGGUCCCACAUUUAUGUCUUCACAGAUGCCCGAUCUAAAGACUACAAGCUGGCCCAUGAGGUUCUUCAGCUCAUCCAGCAGAAGCAGUCUCAGGUGGUGUUUGUGCUGACAGGAGACUGCGAUGACAGGUCCCACAUUGGCUAUAGGGUCUAUGAAGAGAUUGCCUCCACCAGCUCCGGGCAGGUGUUUCACCUGGACAAGAAACAGGUCAACGAGGUUCUGAAGUGGGUGGAGGAGGCGGUUCAGUCCUCUAAGGUCCAUCUGCUCUCCACGGACCACUCGGGCUCCGAGGCCAACACGUGGCCUCUGCCCUUUGACCCCAGCCUAAAGGAGGUCACCGUGGCCCUCAGUGGCCCUGCGCCCAACAUAGAGAUACGCAACCCACAGGGCAAACUCAUAGGAAGCAGGGAUGGUCUGACAGAGCUACUGAACAUUCCCAACUCUGCCAAGGUCAUCAACGUGAAAGAUCCACAGCCAGGAAUGUGGACCAUCAAGACCUCCAGCAAGGGUCGCCACUCUGUCCGCAUCUCAGGCCUCAGCACCAUCGACUUCCGGGCUGGCUUCUCCAGAAAGCCCACGCUGGACUUCAAGAUGACCUCUAGUCGGCCCGUGCAAGGUAUCCCUACCUUUAUCCUUCUCAACACCACGGGGCUGACCCACCCGGCGCGGCCUGACCGCCUGGAGCUGCUGAGCACCACGGGGGCCGUGCUCAAGACCCUGCCCAUCCGCUACUUCCCCUCGCGCGAGCCCUACGGCAUCUGGAACAUCACCGAGUUCAUGCCGCCUGACGAGGCCUUCUUCCUGCGUGUCACCGGCUACGACCGCGACGGCUUCGUCUUUCAGCGCGUCUCCAGUGUGUCCUUCUCCAGCAUCGUGCCAGAUGCCCCUAAGGUUCAGAUGCCCGCCCGUACCCCUGGGUAUUACCUGCAGCGUGGGGGCAUUAACUGCCUGGUGGACAGUCUCAUUCCCUACACAGUCCGCUUUACCAGGGACGGGACACGACUCGGGGUCGACCAGCUCUACAAGGAAUCAGCGUCGGCCGAGUAUGUGAUUGAUCAGGUGUCUUUGAAGGACGAGGGCUUUUACGAGUGUAUCGCCAUCAAUAGUGCUGGAACAGGACGAGCACGCACCUUCCUGGACGUCUCAGAGCCCCCUCCAGCCAUCUCGGUGCUGGCCAACUCCACAGCGUCCCCCGGUGGUCGUGCCCUGCUCUCGUGCCAGGUGGUCAGCACGGUGGCCUUCAACCUGACCUGGCAGCGCGGCGGAGUGGACGCCCGCCUGGACCUCCGUACCCGCCUCACGCACAACCUCUCCCUGGAGCUGCGUGCCGUCCCCCCCGACGACGCCGGCUGGUACACCUGCGUCGCAACCAACGAGGGGGGAGCGUCUAGCGCACGGGUCUACCUCAACGUGCAAGAGCCGCCACUGGUCAGUGUGGAGCCACGGAACCAGACGUUUCAGGAGGGCGACGAGGUUUGGAUCCGAUGCUCCGCCAAGGGCUUCCCCACGCCCAACGUGGUGUGGACUCACAAUGACAUGUUCAUCAUGGGAUCCAGCAGGCAGUGGAUGAGCCCUGAUGGGACGUUGGUGAUCAGGAACACGGUGAAGAAGGACGCCGGCGUGUAUGGCUGCCUGGCCAGCAAUGUGGCUGGAACACAGUCUCAGACCUCUGUCCUCACCUACAUAGAGUCCCCUCAGGUGACGGUGCUCCAAAGUGAGCUCCUGGUGGGUCUAGGGGAGAUGGUGCUCAUGGAGUGUACUGCCACUGGUAUCCCACAGCCAGAGUUCCACUGGUACAAAGGUGAUUCGGAACUGCAUGCGUCUGGAUUGGUGGACGUUGACCCUGAGAGGGGCACUCUGAGCGUUUUACAUGCCCAGGACGCUGACGCAGGGGACUACACCUGUGUGGCCGUCAACGCAGCAGGAAACGACCAGGGCCUCAUCACACUAGAUGUGGGAUCUGCCCCUGAGUUCACGCUGCGACCCACAGACGUGGCUGCGGACAUUGGCUCCAACAUCACCAUGCCCUGCCGCGCCACGGGGCAUCCCACUCCGGUCAUCACCUGGCGCCGUGACGACAACGCAGCUCUCUUCUCCCCGCAGCACGAGCACAGCUUGGUCACGCAGACGCGAGAGGGACACCUGCACAUCAGCGAUCUGUGGGUGGAGGAUGAAGGCUUGUACUGGUGUGAAGCACAGAAUCCAUUUGGAAAGAUCCAAACCCAGGCCACUAUCACAGUCACUGGACUCGUGUCUCCGGUCAUAGGCCUGAGUCCUGCAGUGGUGAGUGUGGUGGAGGAUCAGCAAGUGACUCUGCCCUGUGUGCUUCUGGCUGGAAACCCACUGCCAGAACGAGUCUGGAUUCACCACAACGGCCUGGUGCUGUCUGACUCUCAUGUGAGCAUCCGUAAAGAUGGCAGUCUACACAUUGAGCGUGUGCGACUACAGGACGAAGGGGACUACACCUGCCUGGCAGAGAAUGUUGCCGGCUCAAGCAACCACACCACCACCCUCAACAUAUACGUCAUGCCAAGUAUUCAACAUGGGCCUCAAGUCUUUAGCACAAUAGAGGGAGCUCCGAUCUCUUUGCCCUGCAAUGCCAAUGGAGUACCCAAGCCAGACAUCACCUGGUCAAAGCGUGGGGAGCUGUUGGACCUGAGCGGUUCCGCGUUCUCACUGCGUGAGGACGGUUCCCUGCACAUCACGUCUCCUGGAGGGAACGAGUCGGGGGAGUUCCUCUGCACCGCCACCAACGCAGCCGGAUACGCCUCCAGAAAAGUCCAGCUCACCGUCUACGUGAGACCCAGACUGAGUGGUGGAGGUGGAGGUGGAGGUGGAGGUGGGGGUCCGCUGGAGGUGACGGCCAUAGCGGGCAGUGAUGCCACCCUCCCCUGCGAGGUCCAUAGUCUCCCCCCGCCCAUCAUCAGCUGGUCCAGAGACAGACAGCUCAUCUCACCACACUCGCCACGGCACACACAGCUUUCCUCUGGCUCUCUGAAGAUUCUGGACACGCGAGUGUCCGACAGUGGACUUUAUGUGUGUGUGGCCUCAAACAUCGCUGGCAACUUCACACAGACCGUUCGACUCAGUGUGCAUGUCCCCCCCAGCAUCCAGCCAGGGCCGCGCCUGAUGAAGGUGCAGGUGGGCCAUCCCGUGGAGCUGCCCUGUGUGGCCCAGGGCGUGCCAGAGCCCACCAUCAGCUGGCUGAGGGACGGCGCCGCCCUGGAGGUGAGCCGGGGCAACUACCGCCUCACCGGAGAUGGUACGCUGAAGAUCAGGAAGGUGGGCCUGGACGACGAGGGGGUCUACACCUGCAGGGCCAGCAAUGUCGCCGGGCAGGACGAGGCCAACGUCCAGAUCCUGGUCCAAGUGCCCCCAGUGGUGGAGGUGUCAGAGCCUCCGUUCAACAGCCCUCUUCAGGAGCGCACGGCCAACCAGCGCAUCGCAUUCCCCUGCCCAGCCAAAGGCACUCCUAAGCCGGUGAUCAAGUGGCUGCGUAACGGGGAGGAGCUGACAGGGGCGGAGCCUGGAGUGUCCAUCCUGGAGGACGGCACGCUGCUCAUCCUCGCGUCCGUGUCGCCACUGGACAGCGGCGAGUACGUCUGCAUGGCCGUCAACGACGCCGGCUCCACCGAGAAGAAGUACCAGCUGAAAGUGAACGUGCCACCUGAUGUUCGAGACGGUGGGUUGCCAAGCAACGUCUCCGUGGUAAUGAACCAGCCCACCAGCCUGCUUUGUGAUGUGAUAGGAAGCCCCGCCCCAGUCAUCACAUGGUAUAAGAACGAUGUGCCGGUGGUGCCAAGUGGGAAUGUGCAGAUCCUGCAGCAGGGGAAGGUUUUGCGGCUGCAGAAGGCAGCAGUCGCUGAUGCUGGACAGUACACAUGUAAGGCCAUCAACAUCGCUGGCAGCACAGAGAAGGACUUCCACUUGGAUGUGCUCGUCCCCCCCAGCAUCGUCGGGACAGGUGCCCCUCGAGACGUCUCCGCCAUUCUCAACCAGGAGGUCAACUUGGAGUGCAGGGUCAAAGGGGAACCCUUUCCCACAAUUCAGUGGUACAAAGACAGGAAGCUGGUAUUUGUGGGUGACCCCAAUGUGGAGGUUCUGGACAGAGGUCAGCUUCUGAAGAUCAAGAGUGCUCGUCUGGGAGACCAGGCCCACUACCACUGCAGUGUCACCAAUGCAGCCGGAAAGCAGUCCAAAGAUUUCAACCUCAGCAUAUAUGUGCCCCCCAGCAUCAAGGGUGGUAACGUGACGUCCGACGUGACGGCUCUGCUGGACACCAUGGUGACCCUGGAGUGUGAGGCUCGGGGCGUGCCUCUGCCCACCAUCACCUGGCUGAAGGGCGGAGAGCCCCUGCUGUCCAGCCGACAGACGCAGUACGUGGACCGAGGACGCCUCCUCAAGAUCCCGCGGGUGCAAGAGGCCGAUGCCGGCCGCUACACCUGCAGAGUAACCAGCGUUGCGGGCACUGCCGAGAAACACUACCUCCUGGACGUCUAUGUCCCUCCCUCCAUCCUGGGAGGUGGGGACAUCCCGGCGGAGCGUAAGGUGGUGUUGACGGAGGGUCUGACCCUGGAGUGUGAAGCGGACGGCCACCCCACCCCCUCUCUGAGCUGGCUCAAGGAUGGCGUUCCGGUACGUUCCGGCGAGAAGCUCCAGGUCCUGGACCAGGGCCGGCGGAUACAGAUCCUCAACGCCAACCCCUCGGACGCCGGACGCUACGUGUGCGUGGCAACCAGCGUUGCCGGGGAGACGGAAAUGAAAUAUGACGUCAACGUCCUUGUGCCCCCAGAGAUAGAGGGAUCAGAGGAAAAGAUUGAUAUGUCUGUUGCCAUCAACAACCUGCUGGAACUGGAAUGUGAUGUUGCUGGAACACCUGCACCUGUUAUCACUUGGCUGAAGGACGGUCAGCCGGUGAGGCAGGGGGACAGGGUGCGCAUUGGGAGUGGUGGCCGGCGGCUGGUCAUCUCUCGUGCUCAGGUGUCGGACACAGCGCGUUUCCAGUGUGUGGCUACCAACGAGGCUGGAGAGCAGGAGAGAGAGUUCAACGUGGCCGUGCAUGUUCCUCCGUCCAUCCGCUCCACUGGCCCUGCGGAGCGCUCUGUGGUCCUCCAGCGUCCCAUCAGCCUUCAGUGUGUGGCCAGUGGCAUCCCUGCUCCCAGCAUUACCUGGCUCAAAGAUGGCCGCCCUGUGGACACCACUCGGGAGUAUCUGAAGCUUGAAUCAGGCGGCAAGACUCUGCACAUCACCCAGGCCAGACUAGAGGAUGCUGGGAAAUACACAUGUGUGGCCACCAACGCUGCCGGCGAGGCUCAACAGCACGUCCGACUCAGUGUCCACGAGCCUCCAAACAUCAUAUUCGAUGAGGACUCUGUCAAUCAUACUGUUGUGGUGGGAUACCCAAUUCAACUGCAGUGCAAGGUGACAGGAACUCCACUACCAGCUGUGACCUGGUAUAAGGAUGGACGACCUCUGACCUCGGUGGCAGGCGUGACCCUGCUGAACCGGGGUCAGGUGCUGGAGUUGAGCCGCGCUCAGGUGUCGGACACGGGGGCGUACCGCUGCGUGGCCAUCAGUGUGGCGGGAAACGCAGAGCUCACACACACUCUGCAGGUGUAUGUGCCCCCGUCCAUCUCCAGUGAUGGUGGGAUGGUGUCGGUGGUGGUCAACGAGGCUGUGCGUCUGGAGUGUGAGGCUGCAGGGGUGCCCACGCCCACCCUUACCUGGCUCAAGGACGGCAGCCCGGUCACUAGCGUCUCCCAGGGCCUGCAGGUGUUGUCUGCCGGCAAGCUGUUAGCCUUCAGCAGUGCUUUAGUGAGUGAUGCUGGGCGUUACACCUGUGUGGCUGUCAAUGCUGGGGGAGAGACUCAAAAGGAUUAUGAUCUUAGAGUGUACGUGCCCCCCAACAUCAUGGGGGAGGAGGCCAACGUGACGGUGCUGAUGGGCCGGCCGGUGGAGCUGCGCUGCCAGAGUGAUGCCAUUCCCCCGCCAACACUGACCUGGCGCAAGGACGGCCGCCCGCUCUACAGGAGACCUGGCACCAUAGUGUCAGAGGAUGGCAGUUUGCUGAAGGUGAGCAGUGCUCAGGUGCAGGACGCAGGCAGGUACACCUGUGAGGCCACCAAUGUGGCGGGCAAAACCGAGAAGAACUACAACCUCAACGUGUGGGUGCCCCCCAGUAUCCGCGGCUCUGAGGAGAUGUCCCGUGUGGUGGUGGUGGAGGGCAGUCCCAUGUCGCUGGUGUGUGAGUCCAGUGGUAUUCCCCCACCCAGCCUCACCUGGAAGAAAGACGGCACUGAGCUGAAAGCAGAUGCUCGUGUGCGUGUUCUCUCUGGCGGGAGGCAGCUGCAGAUCUCCAGUGCAGAGCACACAGACACCGCCUCCUAUAGCUGCUUAGCAACCAGUGCAGCUGGCAGCGCCAUGAAGCAGUACAGCCUGCAAGUCUAUGUUCGCCCUUCCAUCAGACGCAGCGGGCCGGCGGAGCUAACGGUGACGCGCGGCACCGACGUCACACUGGAGUGCGAGGCCGAGGGCGUGCCUCGCCCCGCCAUCACCUGGCUCAAGGACGGACGGCCCGUCGCCCACGGCAACGGCGCGCAGGUGCUCAGCGAGGGCCGCCUGCUGCAGAUCCACGAGGCCCGCGUGUCGGACACGGGCCGCUACACCUGUGUGGCGGUCAACGUGGCCGGAACCACCGACAGCAAGUACGACGUCAACGUGCACGUUCCCCCCAGCAUCACGGGUCAGACGGCGACUCCUCAGAACGUGAGUGUGGUGGUGCGCAACCCAGUGGCUCUGACGUGCGAAGCCUCGGGAAUCCCACUCCCCUCCAUCACCUGGCUCAAGGACGGCACGCCAGUCAGCGCCUCCAGCUCUGUCCGCAUCAUCUCAGGAGGGAGGAGCUUGCGUCUGAUGCACGCAGCAGUGGAGGAUGCUGGGAGAUACACCUGUAUUGUAUCCAACCCUGCUGGGGAGGAGCGCAUGAACUUUGACCUGGACAUACUUGUUCCUCCCAGCAUAGUGAAGGAGGGGACAGUGGAGGAUGUGAAGGUCAAGGACAGACAGAACGUGACGCUGGCCUGUGAGGUCACUGGUAACCCGGUGCCCGAGAUCACAUGGCUGAAGGAUGGGCUGCCAUUGGUCAGUGACCGGCGUCACCAGGUGAUGUCACACGGGCGCUUUCUCCAAAUCAUAGCAGCCCAGGUGUCUGACACGGGCAGGUACAGUUGCCUGGCGACCAACAGUGCUGGGGACCGCAGCCGACACUUCAAUCUCAAUGUGCUGGUGUCUCCCACCAUCCUGGGCUCUGGUCCUGAGGGCUCUGCGGAGGAGGUGACGGUGACCCUGAGCAGCCCCACAUCUCUGGUGUGCGAGGCUCAGUCCUACCCCCCUGCCAUCAUCACCUGGCUUAAGGAUGGUGCCCCCUUCCAGUCAGGGCGCAACGUGCGAGUGCUUCCAGGUGGGCGAACGCUGCAGAUCCUGAGGGCGCAGGAGGAGGAUGCUGGCAGGUACACGUGUGUGGCCACCAACGAAGCAGGAGAGACGCUCAAGAACUACGAGGUCAAAGUUUACUUGCCUCCUGUGAUCAGCAAGAACGACGUGCCUGGAGAGGGUCUGGCCCCGAAGGAGGUCAAGAUCAAAGUCAACAACACACUCACGCUGGAGUGCGAGGCGCAGGCCAUCCCCACCCCCACGCUGCUCUGGUAUAAGGAUGGGCAGCUGCUGAGAGGUGAUGACCAUGUCAGCAUCUCCGCUAACGGCCGGGUGGUGCGCAUCCAGCAGGCUCAGGUCUCCGAUACUGGCCGCUACACCUGCGUGGCGUCCAACCUGGCUGGCGAGGACGAGAAGGACUUUGAUGUAAAUAUACAAGUGCCCCCAACUUUCCGAGGAGGUAACGGGGGUGUGGGUGGCGCUGGCGUUGAUGUGAAGGAUGUGAUCCUGAAUAACCCCAUCUCUCUGUACUGUGAGACCAAUGCUGUCCCUCCUCCCACUCUCACCUGGUACCGCGAUGGACAGCCACUCACCUCCAAUGACAAAGUACUCAUCCUGCCUGGUGGUCGUGUCCUGCAGAUCCCCAGAGCACAGGCAGAGGAUUCUGGGAGAUACACGUGUGUCGCUGUGAACGAGGCUGGCGAAGACUCCAUCCAGUAUGACGUCAGAGUGCUGCUGCCCCCCACCAUCCGUGGCUCUGAUUCAGACACCCCAGAGGAGAAGACGGUGCUGCUCAACAAAACCACCCAGCUAGAGUGUGUGGUGGGCGGAAGCCCCGCCCCUCAGAUCAGCUGGCUCAAGGACAACCAGCCAAUCACAGCCGAUGACUCACAUCGCAUUCUGUCCAAUGGCCGCACGCUACAGGUGAUUAAUGCCCAGGUGACAGACACCGGACGAUAUGUAUGUGUGGCAGAGAAUGUGGCAGGGAGUGCAGAGAAAUCCUUUAACCUGAAUGUGCAUGUGCCUCCCUCUAUCGUGGGUGUGAACCCUGAGAAUGUGACGGUGGUGCUGAAUAGCUUUGUGUCUCUGAGCUGUGAGGCCACAGGAUUCCCUCCCCCCUCCCUCAGCUGGCUCAAGGACAGGAGGCCCGUGCUGGCCAACACCAACGCACUCAUCAUGCCAGGAGGUCGGACGCUGCAGAUCCUGAGAGUGAAGAUGUCCGAUGGGGGGAAGUACAGCUGUGUGGCCAUCAACCCGGCAGGAGAGGCCCAGAAGCUCACACACCUCACUGUGCUCGUCCCUCCCAGUAUCAGGGGCAGCAGUGGCGACUCUCCCGUGUCGGUCAGCGUUCGUGUAGGGAACUCCGUCACCCUGGAGUGCGAGUCCAACGCCGUCCCGCCCCCCACCAUCACCUGGUACAAGAACGGCCGGCCUGUGGCAGAGACGGCCAACCUGCGCAUCCUCGCCGACGGACAGAGACUGGAGCUGAAGGGGGCCGAGGUAUCAGACACAGGCCAGUAUGUGUGUAAAGCCUCUAAUGUGGCUGGACAGGUGGACAAGAACUUCCACCUCAACAUCUAUGUCCCCCCCAGUAUAGACGGUCCUGCGGUGGAGCGCGUGGUGGAGACCAUCAGUAACCCGGUCACCUUCUCUUGCGACGCCUCCGGCAUCCCCCCACCCAGCCUUACCUGGCUCAAGAAUGGACGACCCAUAGAGAACUCGGACUCCCUGGAGAUGCAUAUUGUGUCUGGGGGCAGUAAGCUGCAGAUCGCCCGCUCCCAGCUGGCAGACUCGGGCACCUACACCUGCCUGGCAUCCAACCUGGAGGGCAAGGCCCGCAAGACCUACCACCUCACCAUACAGGUGCCACCCAGCAUCGCGGGCUCUGAUUUGCCAAGUGAAGUGGGCGUGCUGCUGAAUGACAGCGUACAGCUGGUGUGUCGAGCACUGGGAACUCCACCUCCCAUAGUGCAGUGGCUAAAGGAAGGAAAAGCCUUGACCCGAGAAGACCUGAAGAACAUCAGGAUGAGCCCAGACAACAGCACCCUGACAGUGACUCGAGCUCAGCCAUCUGAUGGGGGUAAAUACACGUGUGUGGCCACCAACAAAGCAGGGGAGGAGAACCGCAUCUUCAACCUCAACGUCUAUGUCCCUCCUGUGAUCCAGGAUAACGGUGGCUCGGCGGUUGACCUGACGGCAGUGCUGGACAGCUCUGUGAGCGCGGAGUGUGUGGCGGUGGGCUUCCCUCCUCCGCAGCUCAACUGGCUGAAGAAUGGCCUCCCUUUGCCCGUGUCCUCGCACACGCGCCUGCUCUCGGCCGGACAGGUCCUCCGCAUUGCUCGUGCGCAGGUGUCGGACGGUGGCAGCUACACCUGUGUGGCCUCCAACAGGGCAGGUGUGGACAACAAACAUUUCAACCUACAGGUGCACGUUCCUCCGACCCUGGAGGGAGCGGGCAGUCUUGAGGAUAUCACCGUGGUGGCAGGUAGCCAGGUGACCCUGGCGUGUGUGGCAGACGGGACGCCCCCGCCCACCCUGAAGUGGCAAAGGGAGGGGGUGACGGUGCGUCCAGAUGUCCAUCUCAGUCUGCCCAACCAGGGCUCAACGCUGCACAUCCUCAGUGCCAACGUCAGCCACACGGGGCGCUACACCUGCACGGCAGCCAACCAGGCUGGAGAGGCCAGCAGAAAUUACAACCUCAAAGUGCUGGCCCCUCCUCAGAUCCGAGGUGCUGGCGUGCCCACGGAGGUGUCGGUGGUGGUGGGCCGCGUGCUGGAGCUGCUGUGCGAGGCCGACGGGGUGCCCCUACCCACGGUCACCUGGAUGAAGGACGGCAGGCCACUGCCCCAGACCGACGCCGUGCGCCUGCUCCGGGGGGGAGAACUGCUCAGGGUGGCCUCCGCUCAGGUGGAGGACACUGGACGAUACACAUGUCUGGCCACGAGUCCCGCCGGAGACGAUGACAGGGAGUUCCUGGUCAGGGUUCAUGUGCCACCGAACAUCGCUGGAGAGAGCACUCCACAGAAUGUGUCAGUGCUGCAGAACAGACAGGUGACACUGGAGUGCAAGUCAGACGCCAUCCCUCCCCCAACCCUCACCUGGCUCCAGGACGGGGCUCCUCUGCAGGUGUCUCCACGUGUGCGCAUUCUCUCUGGAGGUCGUUACCUGCAGAUCAACAACGCUAACCUGCCUGACGCUGCUCAGUAUACCUGUGUGGCCAGCAAUGUGGCAGGAGAGACCAGGCGCCAGUUCAACCUCGCUGUCAACGUGGUCCCCACCAUAAAGCCAGGCCCUGAGUCGGUGUCGGUGCAUGUGAGCCAGUCAGUGCUGCUGGAGUGUGUGGUGAGUGGAGUUCCAACUCCACGCAUCACCUGGAGAAAACACGGAGCCAUCUUAGCCAAUAACAACCCGAGGUACACGUUUGGUGAGGACGGCUCGCUGCGUAUCAGCUCUGCUCAGGUGACUGAUACGGGCCGCUACCUCUGCAUGGCUACCAACCAGGCUGGCACCCAGCGCAGGAGAGUGGACCUCCAGGUGUACGUUCCCCCAUCCAUCGCUCAGACAUCCCACAAUAACAUCACGGUGACGGUGAAUGUCCAGACCACGCUCUCGUGCGAGGCCACAGGCAUCCCCAAACCGGCCGUCUCCUGGACCCGCAACGGCCGACCCCUCCACACCGACCACAACCAGAACAUAUACAGGUUGUUGUCAUCGGGGUCGCUGGUCGUCAUAGCACCCACAGUAGAGGACACGGGGGUUUAUGAGUGUGUGGUGACCAAUGAAGCUGGACAGGACAACAGAACCAUCACGCUCACAGUACAAGUUCCACCCUCCAUUGCUGAUGAGGCCACAGAGCUGGUGGUGAACAGACUGUCCCCGGUGGUGAUCGGCUGUACUGCGUCUGGGGUGCCCGAGCCCACUGUGCACUGGACCAAAGAUGGCCUGCGUCUGCCCAGCAGUGGACAAGGCUACACCAUCCUCCCCUCUGGUCCUCUCCAGAUCUCCUCAGCUGAGCUCGGCCACUCUGGCCGCUACUCCUGCAUCGCCAGGAACACUGCUGGCUCCGCCCACCGCCACGUCCACCUCAGUGUGCAGGAGCCUCCAGUGAUCCAGAUGCACCCCCCCUCCCUGGAUGUGAUCCUGAAUAACCCAAUCACGCUGCCCUGCAAGGCCGAGGGCACCCCACGCCCUACCAUCAGCUGGCAGAAAGAGGGCAUCAACAUCCUCACUACAGGAGGUGGCUUCUCGGUUUUGCCCAGUGGUGGGCUUCAGAUCUCUCGUGCUCGGGCAGAGGACACAGGCACCUACAUGUGUGUGGCACAGAACCCUGCGGGCACCGCCCUGGGCAAGACCAAACUCAAAGUACAAGUGCCCCCUGUGAUCAGCUCGGACAGCAAAAGCUACACAGUCGCCAUGGACACGGCGGUGACCCUCCAGUGCCAGGUGGACGGGCACCCGACCCCCUCCGUCAGCUGGCGGCGUGACGGGCAGCCGGUGGAGGAGUCGGUGCGCGUGAGAGUCCUCAGCUCCGGCGCCCUGCACAUCGCCUUCGCCCAGCCGGGAGACACGGGCAAAUACACCUGCAGCGCUGCCAACGUGGCGGGCACUGCCAGCCUCGACAUGAGCCUCACCGUCCAGAUCCCUCCGUCCAUCCGUGCGGAGGAGCGUGAGCGGUGGGUGGUGGAGCACACGUCGGUGCAGCUGGCGUGCGUGGCGGAGGGCGUGCCCCAGCCCAGCCUGCUGUGGGAGAAGGACGGAGCUGCCCUGAGCGACAGCUCUGCAGAGUACACCAUCCUGCCCUCGGGGGAGCUGCUCAUCGACUCCGCUCAGCCUGAGGAUUCUGGGAGCUACACCUGCAUCGCCACCAACUCUGUGGGCCAGGACGUUCAAACGGUCACCCUGUCGGUCCACACGCACCCGGAGUUCACUGAACUACUGGGAGACGUCUCGCUCAACAAAGGAGAGCGCCUCCUGCUGGUCUGUGGGGCCUCCGGCAUCCCCGCGCCCAAAAUCACCUGGACCUUCAACAACAACAUCAUCCCAGCGCAAUUUGACCAUGUGAACGGGCACAGUGAACUGGUGAUUGAGCGGGUGAGCAAGGACGACUCUGGCACUUACUCCUGUGUGGCUGAGAAUGCUGUGGGCUCCAUCAAAUCUCUGGGCUUCGUCUAUGUCAAAGAGCCUCCCAUCAUAGAUGGAGACACCCACUCCAACCGCAUCGAGCCGCUGGGUGGGAACGCCAUCCUGAACUGUGAGGUGCGGGGUGACCCCCUGCCCACCAUCCAGUGGAGCAAGAAGGGCGUCAACAUCCCCAUCAGCAACCGCAUCCGCCAGCUGCACAACGGCUCGCUCGCCAUCUACGGCACCGUGAGUGAGGACGCGGGCAGCUACACGUGUGUAGCCACCAAUGAUGCGGGAGUGGUGGAGAGGAGUGUGACGCUCACUCUGCAGAGUGCUCCCUCCAUUACCUUAGAGCCGGUGGAGACGGUGGUGGAUGCCGGCAGCACGGUGGUCCUUAACUGCCAGGCGUCCGGCGAGCCCACGCCAGUCAUCCAGUGGUCCCGCCUCGGCCGCCCCCUGCUGGCCAAUCCGCGCUUCGCGCUGCUCACCAACGGCUCGCUACGAUUGGUCAGUGCGCAGAAGGAGGAUACUGCUGAGUAUGAAUGCGUGGCGCGCAACCUCAUGGGCUCCGUGAUGGUUAGGGUGCCACUGACUGUGCGGGUUCACGGCGGCUUCUCUGAGUGGAUGGACUGGGGCCCGUGCAGCGUGUCGUGUGGUGAAGGCGUGCAGCGCAGGCUCAGGCAGUGCAACAACCCACUCCCAGCCAAUGGGGGGCGCCACUGCGUCGGCAGCGACACAGACAUACGCAACUGCCAUGGCAAACCCUGCCCAGUGGAUGGGAGCUGGUCAGAGUGGUCCUCCUGGGAGGAGUGUUCUCGUACCUGCGGCCAUGGCAACAGGACGCGUGUGCGCACAUGCAGUGACCCCCCUGCCCAGCACGGAGGGCGAGCCUGUGAGGGGAAGGCUGUAGAGGCCAUCAUGUGCAGCAUCCGACCCUGUCCAGUGGCUGGUAACUGGGGCUCCUGGCUGCCCUGGGGCCCGUGCAGUGAGACGUGUGGGAAGGGCACUCAGACACGCGUGCGUCUGUGCAACAACCCCCCGCCAGCCUUCCACGGCCCGCCCUGCGACGGACCCGACACUCAGACACAAGUGUGCAAAGAGAGACCCUGUCCAGUGGACGGGAAGUGGUCAUCGUGGGUCAGCUGGGGGGCGUGUAGCGUUUCCUGUGGGGGCGGGACCAGGCAACGGACACGCCUCUGUGCUAACCCCGCCCCUCAGCACGGAGGGCGGCAGUGUGAAGGGAACGACGUGCACAUCGACUUCUGCAACAGCGAACCCUGCCCAAUCCAUGGGAACUGGGGCCCGUGGGGCAGCUGGGGUUCGUGCAGUCGCUCGUGUAAUGGCGGUCAGAUGCGCCGCCACCGCAGCUGUGACAACCCCCGACCUGCCAACGGAGGCCGCACCUGCGCCGGGUCAGACGCACAAACUCAGCGUUGCAGCACGGCCAGCUGUCCUGUGGAUGGCAGCUGGGGACCCUGGCAGGCCUGGGGAGAGUGCUCAGCUUCCUGUGGUGGUGGGGAGAGAACACGGACCAGACUAUGCAACAGCCCAUCGCCUAGCAACAAGGGUCGUCCUUGUCCAGGAGACUCCAAUCAGCUGUCCAGGUGUAACCCGAAGGCAUGUCCAGGUGGUCCACAGAGAGCCCGAGGCAGCAUCACUGGGAACAUUAACGAUGUGGAGUUUGGCAUCGCCAUUCUAAAUGCCACCAUCUCUGACAACCAAUCAGGACCCAGGACCAUCCAGGCCACCAUUUCUAAUGUCCCACGUAGCCUUGGUCCUGCUAUGAGGAAGCUCAUCUCGCUCCUGAACCCUAUCUAUUGGACGACGGCCCAGGAAAUAGGCGAGGCUGUGAAUGGCUACACCCUCACCGAUGGCGUGUUCAGACGAGAGACACAAGUCGAGUUUGCCACAGGGGAGAUCCUGCACAUGACGCAUGUUGCCCGUGGGCUGGACUCUGACGGCGUGCUGCUGUUGGACAUCGUGGUGAACGGACACAUCCUCCAGUUGCCCUCUAAUGCUGACAUCAGCCUGAAGGACUACUCUGAGGACUACAUCCAGACUGGAGCAGGCCAGCUGUACGCCCAGUCCACGCGCAUGUUCAGCGUUGACGGCGUGAGCGUGCCGUACUCGUGGAACCACACCAUCAGCUACGAGCACAGCCGCGGCCGCAUGCCCUACCUGGUGGAGACGCUCCACGCCGCCUCCAUCUCCGCUCACUACCACCCCCUGGAGGAGGUGCUGGAGUACACCAUCCACGCCAGCAUUGCCAAGGGUGACCGUAGUAACCAGUGUCCCGGUGGAUUCCAGCUGGACCCCACCGGUCCAUACUGUUCAGAUGAGAAUGAGUGUGAGGAAGGUAACCCCUGUUCUCACACGUGUCACAACGCCAUCGGCACAUACUACUGUUCCUGCCCCCGAGGGCUCACCAUAUCAGCUGAUGGAAGGACGUGCCAAGACAUAGACGAGUGUGCGCUGGGAGGCCACGUGUGUCACAGUGGGCAGGAGUGCGAGAACACCAUUGGCUCCUACCGCUGCGUGAUGCGAUGUGGGCGGGGCUUCAGGAGGACGACGGACGGGCUGAGUUGCCAAGACGUGAACGAGUGCCAGGAGUCCAACCCGUGCCACCAGCACUGUCUGAACACCAUCGGGAGUUUCCGCUGCGCUUGUGAGCCAGGCUACCAGCUCAGGAACCGCCGCUGCAUCGAUAUUAACGAGUGCAGACAGCGGGUGUGCCGAUCGGACCAGCAGUGCAAGAACACGCGUGGCGGGUACACCUGCAUCGACCUGUGCCCAUCGGGCAUGACCAAGGGUGGCAACGGCACGUGUGUAGAUGUGGAUGAGUGCAGAGAUGGCACGCACCAGUGCAGGUAUAACCAGGUGUGUGAGAACACACGCGGCAGCUACCACUGCACCUGCCCACGGGGGUACCGCUCCCAGGGCGUGGGCCGACCUUGUCUGGACAUUAACGAGUGCGAGGCAGUGCCCCCUCCGUGCGCCCACCGCUGUGCCAACAGCCCCGGCAGCUUCCGUUGCGUGUGCCCGCCUGGCCAGCACCUCCUGGGCGACGGCAAGUCGUGCGCCGGGCUGGAGCGCUUGCCCAGCUACCAGAGCCUCACCUACGGCUACCAAGGGUGGCAGGGCUCGUCCGGCGGUGGCCGGCGCUACCACAGCCUGGCGGCGCAGAGUUUCGACUCCUACCAGCGCCCGGCGACACCCUCGCGCUCGCGCCGGCACGCCGCACACUCCCUCCACCCACGCUCGCACCCUGACCCUCUCUCCUGCCCCCCAGGGCUCAGGCCAGGGACUGGCCGCUGCGUAGACAUCAAUGAGUGUGAGCAGCGUGACACGUGUCAGCACGAGUGUGUGAACACACCUGGCAGCCACAAGUGUCUCUGCCCCUCUGGCUACCGCCUCAUGACCAACGGCAAGACUUGCCAGGACAUAGAUGAGUGUCAAGAGCAGAACAUCCAGUGUGGAGCCAACAGGAUGUGCUUCAACAUGAGGGGCAGCUACCAGUGCAUCGAUACGCCUUGCCCCCCCAACUACCAGAGAGAUGGUGCAACAGGUUUCUGCCUGAAGAACUGCCCGCCCAACGACCUGGAGUGUGCGCUGAGCCCCUACGCCCUGGAGUACAAGCUCCUGUCGCUGCCGUUCGGAAUCGCCGCCAACCAGGACCUGAUCCGGCUGGUGGCCUACACGCAGGAGGGCGUGGUGCACCCGCGCACCACCUUCCAGGCACUGGAGGAGCAGGAUGAGCAGAUGCCGUUCGCGCUGCGCGACGAGGGCCUCAAGGGGGUGCUGUUCACCACGCGGCCCCUGCGCCAGCCGCACACCUACCGCAUGAAGGUGCGGGCGCUGUCGUACGGCACCGACGGCAACAUCGACUACCACACCACGUUCAUCGUCUACAUUGCCGUGUCCGCCUAUCCCUAUUAAAGGAGCACUUUAUGAUGGCAAGAGGGAAGAGAGAAAGAAAAAGAGAACGAGUGAGAGAGAAAAAAGGAUGGAAAAUAAUGGUCAUGUCUCUUUCUCAGCAAGAGUUGGGUUGAGUGUGUAUAUGAAUGUGUGGGAGUGUGUUGUGUGUGUGUGUAUGUGUGUAUGUAUCUGUGUGCAUGUGUGAUAAUUUUGUUGGACACACUUGAACAAACAAAAAAAUUGAAUCCAAAUAUCCAAUCACCUGUCAGAGGAACUGCCAACUGAAUGGCUCGACAUCGCCCCCUGAUGUCUUGGAGGUCUUCCAAACCUCUCUUCCAUUGUUGGCCUGUACAGGGAGCUUCAAGUGAUGAGAUGAAUGAGGCAGAACCAAACGGUUAGAUGGCCUACUCAGGCAUAUUUCAAGUUGAGGGUUGGAGAAAAAAAAUGCAACCAAAUGGCUACGUCUACCUACUAACUUAUUAAUAUGUGCUUGAAAAUGGAUAAGGUCGGUGUAUCAGCGAGAGGGGGCAUAGUUGAAAUAAGUGAUGGUGCUUGUGUGGGUGACAUGAAACUCCAAUGGGCUUGGGUUGUCCCUCUCCCACCCAUUUGACACCCAACCUCAGGUAAGCAUACAAACCCAUUGCAUAAUAGCCCCACCGCUUUCACUCGUAGCUUCACUUCAGCCCACAGUCCACUACUCCUGCGGUCCCAUACAGCCACAGACAUCAGUCAGUACCUAAGAUGUAUUCUAUUUUGAAUAUUUGUAUAUAAGUGUUUUUAUUCUGUAAUAUGAUUCUAUACUGUACGCUAUUCAUGUCUUUUUGUAAAAAAUGAAACAAUAAAUGUAUGACACAAAUCAA